GGCUGACAAAGUCGAUACCAAGUUCGUCUGGGUUCCGAUUUCCGUCCCAAGUAGGACGGUUCAAGCGCAUCUACAGAAAAACGGUUUGUACUUUCAAAAGAACGCAACUUUUAUUUCGAAAGUUCGAUCCUUUGGGUCCAUAGUAUUGACGGGUGAGUAGAUUACAAUUCUGAUUGCUUUAGGGUUUUUGCCGAUUUGGGGAUGGUUGAUCUUUCAGUUGAAUCCUUAAUCUGAUUUGCUGACAUUAGAAGGUUCAUUCCAUGUUUUGUCUUAAUCCCCAUCUAGUUGCCGAAAGGGUUUAGAUUUUGGGGUCAUUGCUUGAAAUUUAUGCUUCAGAUGCGUUGAUCUUGUACCGUUUAGAACUCUGUGUUGUACUCGGAUUCAAAGUUGUUCCCUUUACAUGUCAUAUCUCUGUUUUGGUUAUUUUCAUGCCUCACCAUUGAAUUCUUCGUUUCAGGCCACUCAACCAACUACGAGUGCUAUCUUUCACCCCUGAGUUCACUGAAAGUGUUCCUGCUUGGUUUGCUGAUGAGCUAUUGCUUGUGGAGUUAGUUUAAAUAUCUGCAAAUGUCAAGUCUUCUUAAUGUACUGCCACAUAUCCUUUAUAUCACUAUUACCUAUGUAACUUCUAGGAUUAUUUCAAUGCAAAGAUGACCCCCCUGCUUUGGUUCUGCUUCAAAAUUUUGAUUUUUGAUUCUAAUUUGCAGAUAUCUCACUGUAGCUAUCAUGGAUACUCAGGACUCACUAGUAGGGGAGGCAUAAACACUGUUGAAAACCAUAGAUGGGUCUGGCACAACAACGGAGUCAGGUUGUCGUUUCCAAGAGCCGAGUCUUCUAUAAACAUCACUAUGGGUUGUACGCUUCAGCGUGGGAUAGCAAAAAGCUUAAGUCAGGAAAACCUAGUGGAGUUAUCUGAUGAAAAUGAUGAUCUAUGUCCUGUGGAGUGUGUCACUGAGUUCAAGACAGAUGAUGAAUUGCUUAGCGUUCUUGAAAAGUCGAAAGAAACUAAUUCUUUGGUUGUGGUUGAUUUUUAUCGCACUGCAUGUGGGAGUUGUAAAUACAUAGAGCAGGGCUUCUCAAAACUGUGCAAGCAAUCUGGUGACCAAGAAGCUCCUGUUAUCUUCCUUAAGCAUAAUGUGGUAGAUGAAUAUGAUGAACAAUCUGAAGUCGCAGAAAGGCUCCGUAUCAAGGCGGUUCCUCUCUUCCACUUCUACAAAAACGGAGUUCUCUUAGAAUCAUUUGCAACUAGAGACAAGGAGAGGAUCGACGCAGCUAUUCUCAAAUAUACAUCCUCGGAAUCUUGAAGAACAUUCGACAAAACCGCACUCUUUGGGUUACCUUUCCCAAAUCAUUGAAUAUGAUGUAACUUAUAUUGAACAACACAGCAUCAUCCUUCUUCUUGUAAGAUGUCAUACUGAAUAAGACAGAUGCAACAUUUUGAUCUCUUUCUUUUGUUUGUUUGCCUUUAUGUCUUCAUAACCCACAUACUUAUAGUAUAUAUGUGCAAAAUCUGCAGUGACAGCUUACUAGUUUUGGUUA